CGGCCUCGGGCGUGGCCUGACCUGUACUGAUUCCCAUGAUUGAUGAAAGCAUGUGGGGGCGACCCAACAAAACAUUUAACUAUUAAAACAAAAUGUCCCGGGAGUUAGUUAGCACUUAGCGUGCAUCACAUCACUGACCCAUACACUGCACAAGGUACAAGGAAUGAUAAAAACCUAUAACUACCAACACCAAAGCUCCAUUCACAGUCAAAACCCAAGAGAAAUGAAAAACUCUUCAUCCACUACUGCCAAUAACCAUAACCAUGCCUUCCGCUUCUACGCACGCCUUUAAAGAGACCUCUCGCACGUGCUGCUCUUUUUCCGGCUGUGAUACGGUACGGUCCAACAUUCAAUAUCCGCACGUGUCAACCAACCUCCACUCCCAUAUAUUUGGCACCUAAUUCUCUUCUCUUUCCUUCCUCUUCUUUUCUCUCCAAUCUAUUGUUACCGUUACAGUCAGGGCCAUGGAAACAGAUAUUCCGCCAAACUACUCCUACAUGGUGCAAACUAUCAACGACAAUUCCUCUUCCGCUUUCAGCGACUGCAACAGUGACAGAUCCUGUGAAUUCCCCACCGCAUCUUCCCAAAGCCGACGCCUCCUAAUCGCUUGCGCUUCCGAGAAUUCCGACGAGUUCAUUCGUCAGCUCGUUCUCAAUCUCGACUCCUGUUCCAUUGAAGAACAGAAACAAGCCACCAUGGAAAUCAGGUUACUCGCCAAGAACAAGCCAGAUAACCGCCUCAAAAUCGCCAAAGCCGGCGCUAUUAGCCCCAUGGUUUCGCUCAUUUCAUCACCGGACCCUCAGCUGCAAGAGUACGUGGUUACCGCGAUUCUGAAUCUCUCGCUCUGCGACGAGAACAAAGACCUCAUCACUUCGUUGGGAGCGAUUAAGCCUCUGGUGGGAGCGCUCAAGAGAGGGACUCCAACGGCGAGAGAGAACGCAGCCUGCGCGUUGCUUCGUCUGGCGCAGAAGGAGGAGAACAAGGUGGCGAUAGGAAGGGCGGGGGCGAUUCCAGCGCUGGUGAAUCUUCUAGAAGGAGGAGCAUUCCGCGGGAAGAAAGACGCGUCGACGGCGCUGUACGCGCUAUGUUCGGUGAGGGAGAACAAGGUGAGGGCAGUGAGAGCGGGGAUUAUGAAGGUGUUGGUGGAGCUGAUGGCGGAUUUGGCGUCGAACAUGGUGGAUAAGGCGGCGUGCGUGUUGAGCGUGCUGGUGUCGGUGGGGGAAGCGAGGAGGUCGUUGGUGGCAGAAGGAGGGAUUCCGGUGUUGGUGGAAAUUGUGGAGGUGGGGUCUCAGAGGCAGAAAGAAAUCGCGGUGGUUAUCUUGUUGCAGAUUUGCGAGGACAGUGUGGCGUACCGUACUAUGGUGUGCCACGAAGGUGCGAUUCCUCCCUUGGUUGCUCUGUCUCAGUCCGGCACCAAACGCGCCAAGCAAAAGGCGGAGACACUGAUUGAGCUUCUACGGCAACCAAGAUCCGACAAUGGCGCUGUCCGUACCUCGGAAAUGUCAGCAUAAACCCUACCACUCAUCCUCUCGUGUGCCCACCAAUCUAACAGAGAAAUAGUUAAAGCAACAUCCAGCUCCCAAAGAGAGAAACACAGCAUAAUUUGUAAAUACCUUUGUAACGAAGAAGCUUUGUAAAUGUGUGAUCCAAUCCAAACGAUGCCAGCUUGGAACCUUUUUUCCUUCGCUUUUCAGGUUUCAGAAAAUAUGCACCACUCGCCAUUGAAUCCGCGUUUUUUUUUUUGUCGUUUGUGAUGGCUGAUUGGUGGUGUUUUUUCUUCCUUUUCUUUUCCCUUUUGGUAAUCAGAUUGUCGUUUGUGAUGGCUUGAAUUAUGGUAUAUUUUACCUCUUAACGCAGUUAUCAGUGAGUUUUGAAAAA